GUUAAAAACGAAAAUGGAAAACAACGAGUAUUUUAAUUUGGUAAGAAAGUUUUUUAAACAUAUGUAAUGUAUUGUAUUUUUACUAAUAAAUUAUUGUGCAGGUUUCUCAGUAUUUACAAAAUGAAGAGGAGCUUAUGAUUGUGAGUGCUGGUAUACUAGCAUUUUUAGAUGAAUUGCCAUCUAACUCCAGCUCGGAAUCUUCAUCAAGCUCUGAGGAAUCGGAAAGGGAGGAAACCUCUAAAUGCCAAAACUUUUGCGAAGUCAUUGAUGGCUAUGGUGAGAAUGAAUUCAAAUCGCACAUGAGAUUGCGGCGUUCGACCGUGGAAUUUUUAAUAGAGAAAUAUACAAAUAACAUUGAGCCCAAAACAAAUACUGGUGGAAGAGAAAUUGUACCACCUAGAAAAAAAUGUAUAUUUAUAUUUGGUACAUCAGUAACACCGUCACUUUUCGGCAGCUUGCUAAUUUGUUUGGAGUGUCUUCUUCAACUGCUUGGACUAUAGUAUCGGGUGUGACUAGUUGGGUUAUAUCGAUUUCUCACGAAUACGUUCGGUGCCCAAACAGUACUUUCGCAGUUGAAACAAAAAGAAAGUUUGAGUCAAGAUGUGGUUUACCAAAUGUUAUCGGUUGUAUAGACUGCACUCAUAUCCGUAUAAUAGCUCCUAGAGAAAAUAAAGAAAAUUAUUUCGAUAGAAAGCAUACAUAUAGUAUAGUGCUUCAAGCAGUUGUGGAUGCUGAUAAAAGAUUCGUAGAUGUAACUUGUGGUGAACCUGGUUCUCUUCAUGACAGCAGAGUUCUUCGUAGAUCACAUCUUUUUGCACUAGCGCAGACAGAUUCAGAGAGACUAUUUCCA